AUGUCUUGUGGCUUUAUCAACAGGCGUUAUUCGCGAGGCCGAAAGUUUCUGUAUGAAGAAGAAAUCCAAAAGCUCAUCGAAGGUGGAGAAAAGUUGAAAAGGAAGACCAUUUCAACGCUUGCAGUCGAUGACAACUAUCGAAGUCGGCUCGUAAAGACCACGAAUUUAAACGAAACGCUGAGCAAACUCCAGCAGUUUGGCUCGGGUAUAUGUCGAAUCGAAGUCGCUCAAGAGAAUGGCCCUAACUACACUGGAACUGGUUUUCAUUUUGGUGAUGGAUGGAUUCUCACUGCUGCUCACGUUCUUCGAAAUCGUGAUAAAGUUAACAUGGCAAGAUUCGUUUUCUUCCCGCCAGGAACUGAAAUUUCAUUUGAAGCGAGGCCCCGAAGAGCAAUAGUUCACCGCUUGCUUCCCGCAGGUCGAAGGCCUGAUUAUCAUAACCGAGAUAUCGUAUUGGUCAAACUUGGCUUUCAGUACACUUACGGGAGGAAAAAAGAUGAUCUGGAAGAAUGGGAAAUAGACGAGCAGCAACUCCUUGAGCAGUCCGAUUUGUUCGAUUUUACCUCGUUGUUGGAAAAAACAUUCACUCCCACCGGAGAUGAGCAAUUCAGCUUGAAAUCCACGGAUCCACUAACAAUUAUUCAUUUUGGCAGUGGACAAAAUGACCGCAAGAAAUUUGCAUACGACAUCGAAACGUAUGAAGUGUACAAACAUAUGGAUCUAAAAGUGAUCAACUUUGCGUUUUCCUUUGAUAGCGGAGCAUCGGGUUGCCCUGUAAUUCAGCGUGUCGGGGAGAAGUGGAUCCUAGUGGGUGUGUUUUUUGGCGGGGCCUAUUAUGAAAAUGAAGCCAAUUCAAUCAUAACAGGGCAAGCUUUGGUCUGGAACCAAGAAGUCGUUCAACACAUUGAAGCUGGACGUGAAGCUGUCGACAAGAUGUCCAGUUUCAAGCAGUAUAAUGUGUUUAUUCCGUUCUCUGAGAGAGCUCAGCUUGUACUAGAGACCAAAGUGAAGGAAGCCGCUGACCUCGCCGUAAAACAUCGCAUCUUGAUUCUGUGAUCCCAUCUCCAAACUGUUUUUGACUCAAACAUAGCGUACUUAUGACUUGUCAGUAACGAUAUCGUGUAGGACUGAAUAUCAACUUAGCUCAUUAACAAGUGUUAAGAAGUAUGGAAAUGAAAGCAAAAGCAUGACAUGUACUAAGGCUUACCCAAAAUUCUCCUGAAAAAGAGUGACGGGAAAAAUAAAACUAUGUAUGCAAAGUCUGUGAGUCACGUCAGCCCGCGAUUUUCUGUCAAGACGCCGUUCACUUGAAAAUAACUACAUGGACUUUGUCAUCUUUCGGUCUCGACCGCGUAGCGUGAUCGCGAGUACUAACUCUCUUCAGCGAAAUUUUGUAUUUACGUUCUUACCCACUGCAUUUCAAAAUCCCUGACUUGAAAUCAUAGUUAUUGAAUGUGUAUUACAAGCUGGCGCCGUAUAAUUAACUAGUGAGUCUGAACAGAGAGAGAAAUAUUUCAACAUGAUCAAUUCCCGCGCCACGUCAGAUUCUUGUGGCUGAACUGACUCAUAUGUUGCACGGUGACACAAAUGAGCUCAAUUUCAUCUUCUUUGGCCAUUAAGUUCACAACAAAAUGAAAUGAAGAGAGGGUCACCCACCUUACGCUCAAGGUCUCGAGUCGCUUUUGUUUCGAUGUUUGAUAUUUCAAGUGUAACAAGCCCCUUCUGUGUGCUCACGUGGGUGGUCUGUCAAGGGCGAAAAAGAAAACUUUUCCAAGUAGAGAUGUAGCCGAAGUAUAGCCUGGCCUGAAAUGAGGCUAACCCGCCCCCUACCUUGAAUGAAAAGCGAAACGUGAGAUACUACCACACAAGUAAGCAGAGGCCCCGUGUCCUGCAUCGGUUAAUUGAUAGGCAGUCACAUUAAUCAAUCCCUACACUGUUGUUUGAAUAUGUUUCUUGUGGUGCUAAUGAGGAGACUCCAAUUCAGCCGAAUAGAACAACAACGAAACAUUAUCCUCUAUAAAGAGAUUAGAAAGAGUCUUUUAAAGUAUCACUGGGUGGAUAAACUGAGCCUUGGGUUUCAUAUAUAGAGUUGAGAGGCUCACUGCUAACUUGACACCUCUGAGAGAUAAAGCUAUCGGGAGUGACGCCGAGAGAAGUUGGCUAAUCAACGACAUGCGAAAUUAAAAAAAGUGCGAGUUAACUUGUUGGUCUAAUUGGCUGAAACAAGAGCCAUACAUAAAUUGUUACACCUUUGAAAAAAAAAAACACUUGAAACCGUUCGGUAAAACAAAUAGAGUGGAUAAGAAAGACCAAACAUAACCAGCGUACACUCGCUGAGUCCCACAGCCAAUAAGCUCACAGAAAAACUUAGUUUCAUGGUUCAGACUCAUUGCGUUCGACUGAUAAACUACGCCCACGCUUAGUUCUGAUGAUGAAUUAGUUCCUGUUAUUGAAGACUCUUUUUCUCAGGAGUAAUUUCUUCCGGAAAAUCAUUUUACGUGAUUUAUUGUUACCCUUGACUUCAAACCUUAUUUAUGUUUGCUUAGCGUUUAACAUGUUUUGCCCUUUAUUUUCUUCUUUUUCUUUGGUCUUGCGUUUUUUACUGAUGAGGAGAGAACUAGUAACAAUAUUUGUUACACCCAUUUUGAAAUCACUGGUGGUCCCUGCAAUCUGAUUGGCUCUAUUUGGUACGAUUUAUUCACGAAUCGCACCAUUUUUUGCUUUAAAUCGCAUCUUUUUCCCAGCCAAUGAGGAAGCUACACUAAAAACGAAACAACCAAUCAGAUAUCAAGGCUUGUUUAAAGUAACCAAUCAAAUUGCAGGAAAAUGAAAGACAAAGAGUAUCAUUGGUAAAUUUUGCAACCUUUGUUUCCAAAACUCUUACUUCCCCCCCCCCAAAAAAAAAAUGGAUGAAUUUAAUUUCAAACUUAGCACUGCAUCAAUAAAAUAUUUGAACUGACCAAAGCCUGUAUUUGGGCGAUUUAAAAAUGAAUGUAAUAAAGUGAUAAUUGAACCUCGUGUCGUACAAUUUUAGUCUGAAAUCACGCGUAUGAUUUCAGCCCAAAUUGCACUUCACUCAGUUCAAUUACCAUUAUUAAUCAUCUUCCAUCAUAAUCAUCUACGUCAUAAUCACGCAUGGUACAACAGAGUGUCAGAGACGAAUGUUUCGUCGCUGUCAAGGUUUUACUAUGAAGCCUUUUCUAGCACUCAGCUGCAGAGCACUGCUUCUGUUGUUAAUUCUAAACGAAGGUGUAGAGUGUCGGCCAAUACAAGGUACGAAACGAAAGGUGUCGGAAGCGCCAUUGUUAAGUACUGUAGCGGUUAAUAGCCCGUUACAGAGACUUUUAUCAACAGACCGAAUCACCAGGCUCGCCGAAAUUAGCAAACAUUGCUCGCAUCCAAUUGUUUAUGCAUUAGAAAAAUGCGAACGGGCUGGUUGACUCAGUUUGUUUAAAGCCACAAUUAUUUCACGACAUAAUUGAGGUGAUGUUUAAUCCCUGAUCCCUGAUUGAUAAGCAACGCCUAAGCUAUUUCCUCAUGCCAGCACAAGCCGCGCGCGCCCGUGAUUAUUAUUAUUUAUUUUUUUUUUUUUUGCUUUACUAAACAAUAGAAACCACAGGUCAAUAUUACAUAGGUUUCGGAUUGUCCGAUAUAAACGAGAUAUUUUUUCUCGUCAAUAGCAUUUCACUAAAUUUUAGCACGUCAAAGGUCGUGAAAUCAUAGGGUUCUUCAGUUAUGUUCCAGACAUAACGAGGGUAAUCAUGCACACUUUUUUAUUUAAGUUUUUUUCCACCGGUCUUCGGUUUUCCAAUCUUUUUGCAUUUUGAACCAUGGAAAAGGAAAAAAAUUGCAACUCACUCUUCCACUUUUCAAGAGAUCAGUCACUUUUCCCCUUACAGAUCAUGGUAUCAAUUUUGUUUUAUAGUCAGUGGUGUGCUAUCGGCUCAUUUGAUUGGAAAUUGAUGCAAAUCGGUAUUUUCUUUUCAGAAGUAAAGGCCGGCUGCAUUUGUUUCUCAAAGUAAGAUUUGUUAUGAUAGCGUUCAGCACACGACAACUUCAAGCGUGCAGCUGCCAGUGAACAGAAUUUUAAAGUGCUUAAUGGAAGCCGUGUUUGGAGGUGGUUUUCAUAUUCCAGUCCUCCGUAACUAAUCGCGUUUUGAUUGAAUGAAGGUUUCACAUUAUCUUUUCAAACUGAGGAAUCCUGAAGGUUAUGACUCGAUGAAAAUGAUUUUUUAAAUGGAACUGCCGUAGCAAGAUUUUUAACACCACACCUCUAAUGUGCAUUAUUGAAUACGAUUAACUUCGAUUCUGGCACGGUAAAUGCGAAACGUUAGCUUUAUUAAAGGUUUUUCGAUGUGUCUAGGUAUCAUUCAGAAGUGAAACACAUGAGGUAAAGUGCUUUAAACUAGCUUAAUUAUAGUACCGGUCAAUGUUACCUCUCUUUAUAUCAUCUAUGUAUUUAUCAGAUUGGGAUGAAAACUAUCCUGUCGAUGACGAGGAUUGGAGCAGUGAAAGUAGACGUGAUGGUUCAGGUGCAGGUUCAGGUUCAUCGAAUGUUCCUAGCACUCCUAAAAAGAAUCUCGUAUCAACGGUUCACACAGCGAAGUCCGAGCACGAGGCCGCAACUGAAAGUGGCGGGGGUGGGGCUCUAUGGUUGGUGGUGGUUAUUUUUGUAGUCGCGGCAGCUGUGGCCCUGGUCUUUUUUCGCAGGUAAAGACGAGCUAGUGAAGCAUUCAUUAUAAUUUAGCUCGCAUCAGCUACUUGUCACUGAAUCAUUUACUCUGUCCCUACAAUAUCACCCCUGAAUCGAACGUGAAGGUCACCAGAAAAAAAGGAAACUAAAGAAGCUCCUGAUUGUUACAUAAAUUCUCCUUUUCAGCACCUAAGGAAAUGUAUGGAGAAAAGUAUGAGGAUUAUGCAUACUAAUGUAAGAAUGUAAAGGGUUAAAGAAGAAGUACGUAUCAGAGACCGAUCAGUGUUCAUCUCCACCGGUAAAAAGGAGAUAUGAUCCUAUGAAACUGACUGCGUUUGAAGGGUGAGAAGAGACCAAAAAUAACCAAAACUUUAAAAAAUUGUCUUCGACAAUAGACGUUGCCAUUUUGAAUCCUGGAAAGCAACCUGAUUUCUCCUUUGACACGCAAAACCAUCCUCUACUUUUCUAUUUAACAACUCUUGGCGAGCUGUUUGCGCAGUAAGUAGUCUUGCGAAAGGGCAAUUUCAACACAAUGAUUUACAGCGAAAAUCAGAGCAGCAGCUGUCGGAGAACCGCAUGUACUGUUUUGCAUUUACGGCCAAGUAACUUAGUUGUCCAUUUACAUUUACAUCUACAUUUACCAUAUUACAAGCAUUCCCUCUCUACAAGGCUUAUAUGCUCGGAUUCGGAUUUGAGACCCCGCUCUCAAAAACAUUAAGACUUGGGGCUGUGGUUAGGGUGGCGGGCAAACUGUUCCACUGCUUUAUAGGUAAAACGCUGUAUGAUCGAGUUUUCAGCACAUUGGGAGACUGUUCUAAAACAAGUAUGGAAACUCUCUGAAAUCUCGAAAAGCGGUGAUUAGUAAAUUUCUAUGUAUAGAUCUGAACAGCGGAAAUAAUAGUCACAUGUUAUCUGGAGCCGGCAAACUCGCCUUUUGAGAUAAAAUAGAAAAGGAGAAAGAAUGAACAGUGAAGUCUUGUGGAGAUAUGUCGAUCACUUCAAAACAGAAGUUCAAUUAAUUUGAAACACUGUAUGCGAUUUCAAUUAUUGUUGCGAAAGCCAUAUAUAGUAAAUGGAAAGUCACAAAAGAAAUAAGUUCAUUUCAACAGCAGGAGUAGCUAAUUACUAAAAAAAUAAACCAUUGGUAAACAUGUUGGCAGAUCUUGGUACACAGCAGCCGUUGGAAAACUUGGAAGGUAUAUAAAGGGUGAAAAGAUUGGCAAACAAGUUUCUUCCAACCAAUCCGCCCUUAAAGAGGCCCGAGUUAAAGUUGGCAAACAAAAAUCACGGGAAAAUCGAAAAGUUCUCAAAGCCCUUAGCAAGGACCAAGGGGUAUGCACCGAGAAGGAAGAACUGGCUAUAGCUCGCUCCAUCAUUUCUCCAAGCAUCGAAACAAGGAAAAAGAACUCUGAGGCUUUACAUACUAGAUCGGUAUGUACAAAGACUCCGAAAGAGGAGUCCAUCAGAGUUAAAAAUGAAUAUAGGAAUUACUGAAAGGGUGACCUCGUUAUAUAAUGUGCGCAUCAUCUUACUAACCAAUGGGCAUGUAGGUUUAGCACCUUCAUACAGUAACGUCGUUUGAGUACUUUUUUGGUAAAAUCCAUGUAAAAAAGAUAAAUUGUCAGGUAGUCUUGUCAUUAACACAUCGCAGUGCUUCAAGCUGACACCAAUUGUGCCGCCCUGAUGAGCACUGCCUACUGGCGAUACAAGGUUUGCCUUUCGUUUAUUAGAAAAUAUAAUUUUUCUGCAUAGAUUGGUCGGCAGUCUUAAUCUAAGCCUUCUCCCUUCCGAACUAUCAUACCUAAGAGAGUUCGAGCACUCGUUGUGUUUCUGAGUUAGAAACAUACUGACAGUCGGGCUAUAAUUUUCUAUACAGUGUGUUCGUGUUGCCACUUCCAAGUCUCGACGUAAGAGCUCGUUCGGAGAAGACCUUCAGUCAGCACAGUAUGUCUUUGCGAAUGCUUCUGCUAAGUAUGCUCAGAUUAUACAUACUGAAGGAGACGAGCCGAAAGAAUCGAUCCAAAAAGACUUUAGCAGCGAAGCUGUUAAGUCUGACCUCUCACAGUAA